CAAGCCCACGUGCCCAAGAUUGUCAGAGUCUGAGGGUGCAGGGAAGAGGGGACAUUUGAACUGAGUCUGGAAGGAUGAGCAAGUGGCCAUGUGAGAAGAGUGGGGACCAGUCAGGAGGAGGAAACAGCAGCAUGUAAUCUGAGAGCAGUAAGUGUGUCCCAAAGAGAAACAGUCACUAGGGGUGAGCCCGGACCCACAAUGGAUAUUCCCCCGGCAGCCAAGCUGGGUGAGGCCUUCGUGUUUGAGGAUGGGUUGGAGAUGCAGACAAACCUUUUCCCGGAGGAGGACCCAGGGGACCCUUUUCUUCAGGAAAGGGGUUUAGCACAGAUGGCCGUCAUCUACAAGGAGAUCCCUCUGGGGGAGCAGGACGAUUAUGAGGGGAAUAUCAGUCUGUGCUCAAGCCCCAUCCAGCAUCAGAGCAUCCCCCCAGGAGACAGACCCCAGGACGAUGAGCCGUCCAGCCCAACCUUCCUCCAGAAAUCAGACCUGAGUAUGUGCCAGAUAACCCACAGCGAGGAAGCGUCUGGUAAGCCCGAUGGGGAGACGGCGGGCAGGGGGGACUCGGGACCCGAGGGGCCUCACAGGACCGCACAGCCAGCCAAGCCCUACGCGUGUCGCGAGUGCGGCAAGGCCUUCAGCCAGAGCUCACACCUGCUCAGGCACCUGGUGAUCCACACGGGGGAGAAGCCCUACGAGUGCUGUGAGUGCGGCAAGGCCUUCAGCCAGAGCUCGCACCUGCUGCGGCACCAGGCCAUCCACACGGGGGAGAAGCCCUACGAGUGCAGGGAGUGCGGCAAGGCCUUCCGCCAGAGCUCUGCACUCGCGCAACACCAGAAGACCCACACCGGGAAGAGGCCGUACGCGUGCAGGGAGUGCGGCAAGGACUUCAGUCGGAGCUCGAGCCUCCGGAAGCACGAGCGCAUCCACACCGGGGAGAAGCCCUAUCAAUGUAAGGAGUGCGGGAAAUCCUUCAACCAGAGUUCGGGCCUGAGCCAGCACCGGAAGAUCCACACGCUGAAGAAACCGCACGAGUGCGAGCUCUGUGGGAAGGCCUUCUGCCACCGGUCCCACCUCAUCAGGCACCAGAGGAUCCACACAGGCAAGAAGCCGUAUGCAUGCGAGGAGUGCGGGAAGGCCUUCAGCCAGAGCUCCAACCUCAUCGAGCACCGCAAGACGCACACGGGCGAGAAGCCUUACAAGUGCCACAAGUGCGGCAAGGCCUUCAGCCAGAGCUCCUCGCUCAUCGAGCACCAGCGCAUCCACACCGGCGAAAAGCCCUACGAGUGUGGCCAGUGCGGCAAGGCCUUCUGCCAUAGCUCGGCCCUCAUCCAGCACCAGCGCAUCCACACGGGCCGGAAGCCCUACGUGUGUAAUGAGUGCGGCAAGGCCUUCCGGCACCGCUCGGCCCUCAUCGAGCACUACAAGACCCACACGCGGGAGAGGCCCUACGAGUGCAACCGCUGCGGCAAGGCCUUCCGGGGCAGCUCGCACCUCAUCCGCCACCAGAAGGUCCAUGCGGGGGACAAGCUCUAGAGGAGGGGCUGGCGCCGCGGCCCGCGCCUCUGCCAGCUGGAGCCUGGCCCCCUGCUCAUCUGUGAGGCCUGCCUGCCUCCCCAGACCAGUGCCUCCUGGAAAUGCCCACCCACCCUGGUGGCAGGGUCUGGCCCCCCGUCUGCGGCCCUGGCCCAGCAGGGGGACUGGGUAGGGUGGGGAGGGAGGCCAAGGGCCAGGGCGCCAGGGCACAGCUGGCUCUCAGUUGUCUCGUGCUCACCUGUGACCCAAUGGGGUUUAGUUUUGCCCUCUAUUCGCUUUUUCCAGAAUCCAGAAGAAGAAUAAACGUCAGAGGGAGAAAGUGGAGUUAAACCCAUGAAAAUGUCAGAUGAGCUCUAACAUCAGGCACUUUUAGAAGAAGUAACCGUGUUCGCGGUCCAAUCAACUGAAGGAAAAUGGAUCCAAAGUAGACUCGUCAGCAGCCCGCCUCGGGCACUGGUGGGGACGGCCAGCUCAGGUGACAGAGCAGAGGGAGGGUCUGGAGGACUCAUCCUGGGUGUGGGGGUGAGGCCCCCUUGUGCUCUCUCAGCCCUUGAUGUGGGUUAGCUGAGGGCGGUUCUGGCCAGCAGCUCUUCCAGGAGGUGGAGGCGUGGUCCUGGAGGCCGGCGGAAGGUGCAGCCUGGCUCUGGCUCAGCCCGGGCAAAGGCUCACUGCCCACCCGGGGGUAACCCUCCACCAGACCUAGGGCCCCAACCACAGUGUGCCUUGGACAUCAUCGGGGCCCGUCUCUGGUCGGUGCUUUGCAGCCUCCCCUCCACCCUCCAGUGCAAGGGGAUGGAAGGUGAUUCGGUCAGGUCUGGGUUCAAGUUCCAGUUCUGGCCCCUCCCUCACCUUGGUGACCCCUUCCGUGAGGUGGGCAUAUUGGGACUGGCCACAUUCCCCUAAGGGCUGGCGCAAGGCUCCUGUUCAGAGUGGGACCACGCAUGAACGUGCUUUGUCGGCUGGCGAUUGAGGAUGGAGACCCACAGUGACCGCUGCCCCACCUGCAGAGGAGGUGCAUCCCUGUCUGGUUCCCGACAUGGCAGGACCCCCCCCUUCAGCCAGGCUUUCCCUCCUUCCCUCCCUCCAGCUUGUGUCCUGGGUGCGGUGCCCUGGGCAGGACACUUCCUGCACGCCAUCCCUGCAGCGGCAGUGUGUCUGCGUCCUGUCCUUCUCUCUGUCCUCCCCACUGGGGGUUGUUUAAUGGGGACCAUUGUCUGCGUCCUGCCCUGACCAGUUCAGUUGGGCAUCCCCAGAGGUGGGGCUCCGACAGUGGCAUGUAUUUAAAGCUCCCCAGGUGAUUAGAAGGUUCCCCUGCAUAGCAGGCUGUGAGCCCAUGCUGGCUCCCAGGCAGCCCCAGCAUCUCCCAGAUGGCAUCGUCCAGAGCAGAGCUUGAAGGUGGCCAUCCUGUCUCAGACCUCUGCCCACCACCCCAGGGAUGGGCUCAGGCAGUGCCGUGUCUGCCUGGUUGGUAAGCGUUUGUCCCAGGCCUUUGUGUGUCCACGAGGAUCUUUAGUUGUGGCUCCCCGGGCUCCUCAGAGCUAGUGUGGGGAGUUCACAGUCAGAGCUAUUUUGAAGCUUUCUGAGUCUCUGGCUGAAAUCCCACGAACCCAUCAUGGUCACACUAGUUAUUUCAGCUUAUGAGAAGCUCUGCUGGGCAGCUGUGUAUAGUUUAGAUGAAUGAAAAUGGGAAAGCCAUAGUGGUUACUUCUUAAGUGGAACUUGGUAGGCCAGAGAUGGUAAAACGACAGGUCUGUUGGGCUGGGAAGAUCGGCUCUGUCCAGCUCCUCUCUGCUGUGUGAGUCUGUGGAGCAUUGAACCAGCUCUCCAGGCCCCAGCAGAGCCUCUGCAUGAGCAGGUGGACCAGCCCGACCGGGCAGUGCCAGGCAUUGUCUGCAGGCAGCCUGCACGGAUGGUCUUCGGUCACCAGUGAGAGUACUGACACCCCUGCUCAGUGCAGGUGGGACAUUAUCCCCCCAAGAUCUACCUCCUCACCCCCUGCUGUCCCCGCAUUCGGCCUCAGCCUUGCCAGUUGUCUGCUUCCUACCUUUGAUGUCUGUCCCUGCACACUGUGCACCAGCCAAAUUUUUUUUUUUCAGGCAUCACUUUGCACAUGUCACCACUCUCCUUAAAACCAACCUUCAGGGGUCUUCUGCACGUAAACCCCCAUUUUAGCCAGCCUGGGUUACCCGCGCGAGCAAGCGUAUCGGUGUUCCCACCACACCCAGAUGCACCCCACUCACGCCCAGCUUCUCAGCUCAUUUAUGCUGUUCUCACAUUUUUGAAUAUGCACUUUUUCUCUUCCUCCCCCACAUUCCCCUUUCUUCCUUUUGACUAUGUAACAUAGAGAUUAAGACCCCCUUUCUGAAGGGUUGACAGACUCUUACAAAACCAUGGUCAGACCAGGCAGGUACUUUCUUUGUAGGAAGUGUGAGCAGAACCUUGUUCUUUCAGUUCAAAUUCUUUCACUGAUUUCUUAUGUAUUUUUAUUUUUUAACUUUUUUUAUUUUUAUUUUUUGCGGUACACGGGCCUGUCACUGUUGUGGCCUCUCCCGUUGCGGAGCACAGGCUCCGGACACUCAGACUCAGUGGCCACGGUUCACGGGCCCAGCCGCUCUGCGGCAUGUGGGAUCUUCCUGGACUGGGGCACGAACCUGCAUCCCCUGCAUCGGCAGGCAGACACUCAACCAUUGCGCCACCAGGGAAGCCCUGUAUUUUUAAAUCUUUUCAUUUAUUUAGGUUCUCAAACAGUGUGAUGUUAUAAGAGAUCAUCUUGGUAAUAUUUUAAUCAUCCUUGAGUUUAGUUGUUUGUUUUUGUUUUAUUGUCUUACAUUUUUUCCUUCUUUUAGUUGUUGAGUGUUGCAAAGGUCCAGUUCUUGGUUCUGUUUACUAAUUAAAUUGUUUGUCAAAGUACAUGUAUUCUGCUCUUUUCUUUCUUUUUUUUUUUUUGACUUAAUACUUUACAUUUCUUAAGAUUAUUUAGAUACAGUUAAUCAUUUUUAAUAUUUCUAGUAAAUGGGGGUACUUUAGCCUAUGAUUUUUUUCUUACAGUUAGAGCUUUUUCUGCACUCCGUAAUGUUGACAUGUGUUGUCUUUUGCUGUUGUCCUUAGGACUUUCCCUUUGGCCCAACUAUUAUUAUUGUUAUUGUUAUUAUUAAUUUAAUAUUUCCCAGUGAUGACUGCUGAGGUUAUGGCUUUUACUUCUUAUGGUACGUAGUGGUGUCAGCAUUUCUAAGCGUCCAUAGAACUUCUCUGGGCCUGAAUAUAUUAUCAGUUUCUAUAAGACAUUUGUGUACUCUCAAGAAACGUGUUUUUACUCCAUCAGUUCUAUUUGUUAAAUCAGUUUUUAUGUUACUUUAUUCAAAUCCAUACUCUCUCUAACUUUACUUCAGAGUUCUUAACCUGGGGUCCAAGGACUGCCUGGGAGUCCAUGAGCAUGCAGGGGUUUCAGAGGUCAUGGAUGCCGGGCAUUGAACAAAGCUGUGUGGAUAUGUGCGUGCAUAAAUUAUUCUGGGAGGGGGGUCUGUAGCACUCACUACAUUUUGGAAGGGCUCUGUGACCCCAAAGUAGGUAAGAACACGCAUUUACCUAGUCAAAUCACAGUCUGAUUUUGUGUGUUUUUUUCUUUACGUAUUUCUAUUUUGCUUUAAUUUCUGUUUCUUUUUUAUGUAUGUUGUUGCUUUGUGAGUCGUGCAGUUAUCUUCUUAAGAAAUAGGCAGGGUACAAAUGAUCAAGUAAUUACCAUGUUUGGGGCAUAUAUGUUUAAUAGUGACAUAUCGAAAAACUGUGCCUUUUAGUGCCCUCUUUGCCUCUUUUAAUGCUUCUAGCUUCAACUUCUCUUUUCCAAAUAUCAUAAUGGAAGCCCCUUGCUUUUUUUGAAUUUGCAUUUGCAUGAGAGUUUAUUUAGCUCGGCAUUUUAUUUUUAAAAUUUGUGUACAUAUUUUGCUAUAUAUCUGUAACUUAUAAACAGCAAAUUGUUGGA